GCUAGAGUUUUAUAAAUCUAAUUGAGAAUUAACGAUGGACGUUGAUGCCUCCAACACAACGAACCGUCCGAUCCUUAUUACAAACAUCGCAUUCAACAACUCUUCCGUUACAACGGUACGGAAAAAACCGUAUAUUUUGAGAUAGCCAAACUAAACGAAACCGUAGCGUAACAACGUUGCUUUCGUGCUACUUGAAAUGGCGGAGAAGCAACCUUACAGACAACAAUAUCAGAAACACAUACAAGACACAUAAAUUGUACUGAGAGAGAAUAGAAGCACAAUUAAAAACCACACUACACACUCCCUAACACAUUCCUUUUCUUCCCAUUUUCCAUUCUCUUUCUUUCUCUCCUACACUUCCUCCCAAACCAUUUCCCUCUUUUCCAGCUUAACUACACUUCCAAAUUCUCCAAAACUUAGAAUCAAACCAAAAACUUACACAUUUAACUCGGGUUUCGAGUUUCCCCCAACCGGUUCGGUUCAGUUUGGUCCAAUUGAAUCAUGGAGCAAAGUACGCUCGAGUCCAUUCAGUUCAACGAAGAAAUUCUGGGAAUCAUGGCUCCGGCGCCGGAAACCGCGAACUCUUUCACCGCACUUCUCGAACUACCUCCGACGCAAGUCGUCGAGCUUCUCCACUCGUCGGAGCAUACCGGAAAACUGCCUCUACACGUCAGUAACCCGAAACCCUAUCCACUAACUUCCGUCAUUUGCGGCGGUACAAGUAAUUUGACCUUCCCUUCCAACGCCGCGUUGGUCGAACGCGCUGCAAGAUUCUCCGUGUUCGCUGGAGAGAAUCCGCCGCAGACGGAAGUGAAAGAUGAGCAACAAGAGACCGAUUCGAACCCGAGUUUAACUCAGGGAGGUGGUGACUGUGUCUCUGAUCCCACCGUGGAGAACAAGAACUCCAAGGGUGCGAAGAGGAAGCAGCUAGAGAAGAAGGUUAAAGUGUCUUCUAAGAAGAGCAAGAGUAUCGCCGAUGAGAAUUCCGGCAACGGCGAAGAGCUUCCGUAUGUUCACGUUCGUGUUCGUCGAGGUCAAGCCACGGAUAGCCAUAGUUUAGCAGAAAGGGCUAGGAGAGAGAAGAUAAAUGCUCGAAUGAAACUGUUACAAGAGCUGGUCCCCGGUUGCAACAAGAUAUCAGGAACGGCGUUGGUUUUGGAUAAAAUCAUCAACCAUGUACAAUCUCUACAGCAUGAAGUGGAGAUUUUAUCAAUGAAACUUGCAGCAGUUAACCCAAUAAUUGAUUUCAACCUUGACAGCAUAUUGGCAACAGAAGGAGUGUCUCUCAUGGACAGUAACUUCCCUACCACAGUCACACCCGUCAUGUGGCCAGAAAUCUCACACAAUGGAAACAGACCGCAGUUUCAGCAACCGUGGCAAUCUGAUGGGUUCCACCAACCACUAUGGGGGAGAGAAGAAAACAACCCUAAUUUCAUGACCCCAGAAAACUCACUUUUGAGUUAUGACUCACCAGCAAAUUCAGUAUCUUUGCAUUCAAAUCAGUUGAAGAUGGAGCUAUGAAAGGGUACAGAAGCAGUGGUACUAGUAGUAAUUAGCUUAGUAGUGUAUAUAAAAAAUAUAGUCGUAGAAAUUAGGAGUGAUUUGAUCAGGCCCAACAUUCAGCAGGAUUUCAUUGUCCUCUGUUUGUCAGAGUCAGUUGGAACACCUGGAUUUUAUUCAGCCAGCAAGGGAGAAGAAUUGGUAUGCUAUUUUUAUAUAAUAUAUUGAUUAGUAUCGCUGUGUAUACUAACUAUAGGGGUCAUUCAGUCUUAGAUGAUUGAGUGAUUCAGAUUGUAAAAUCAUUGAACGGACUGUUAAUGAACUAUUAUGGAAGUUUGUUGCUAUGUUCACUGAAUGAUAUUUCCAUUGCUUGUUACUUAAACUUAUAAUGACGAGUAUUUCUUUAUUUUGCAUUA